AUGCCCUCCAUCUCCUUGUUCUAUUUUGCUUCACAGUUAUUCGUACUCGCAUAUGCGAGUAUUCCAAGACCCAGUAUUGGCCACACAUCCCUAAACAUUACCUUGGGCAAGUCGCGGGAGGAGGCUCAUGUCUGGGUCUCAGUAUCAGGACAGACGUUUGUAGAAUAUGCGUUGGUCGCCCAGCAUCCCAACGGUAGCUAUCAGCUCGCCAGUAGCGUUGCUGCAGUCUCGUUGAUCCAACACAAUACGUUUAUCAAUGAAUCGGGUGUUCCUGUGGUUAUUCCCACCAAUCCCGAGGGCGAUACAAUGUGUUUGCAAUCAAACGGGGGUGCAUACCUGGAUGGAUUCUUCAAGCCUCCUCGAGCUGGCAACUACUCACUCAUCCCCUACUUUCUCUACUACUUUCAGAGUGGAUCCGAUGAAUAUCGAUAUCCCAACUCCUCGACUGUAUGCGUGGAUACACCUCCCAAAGUGGAAGUUGCAGCUGCGCCCAAACUUUCGUUGCUUGUCAAAGAGGCAGUACCAGGAGCUACACCCACCCAAACCUCGACUCCCUCCCACACCCCUGUGUGGGCAAAUCAACCGAUAACAGAAGUAUCACUUACACCAGAGCCUACGGGAGACGUAUUUCACUUGACUCCUUCCUUGGGAAUGCUCACAGUUCUUGGGCCUUCUAUCUGGCUUUUGGGAGCGCUGGCUCUUUCCAUUUCGAUCUUGCUAUGA